AUGUUGAGCCACAGGAUACACGACAAGGCCACGUCGAAUGUUCUUGCGUGGAGCGCGCACGCCUCCAACGAGAUCGUCAGUGAAGACGAGGCCGCUCCUGACGCAGACGAGCCCGACUUAAAGCCCCUCGGCAUGUCUCCCGCAACCAAGAAGUUCCAGAAGUCGGCAGUAACCAAGGUACCCGAGAGCGCCUCGCUCCUCACCAAGGCUCUCCAAAGCCCUUCCGAGGACGACUCGUAUGACAACUACUCACCCAUCAAGCCCUCAAGAAGACGACGAUCUUUCGCUAGCACCAUCAGCAUCGCCUCCACUGCCGAAUACACCUGCGACACUGGCUUGACCACCCCCGCCAGGACCAGCUCCCCCAGCCCUCGCCUUCCCCAGAAGGAGGUGUUUGAGUCUACAGCUCAGGCCCCCCGUAAGGAGGAGAAGAAGAGGUGCAUUUCCUUUGCUUGCGCCGCUCCCCGACCUGCGCCUGUCAUCGCUGCGCCUGCUCCCAAGCCCGUUACUGCAGAAGUGCCCCAGAAGAAGUCGAGCAUCCGGUUCGCCUGUAACUCUCGCCCUACUACCGAACAGACUAAGCCUGUCCGGAACACGCCACCACCAGCGACCUUGUCGACGCCGCCUACAAUCAAGAAAUACCGCUCACCUUCAGCAAACUCGCGCUCUGCCCGCUCCGUCACUCCCAAGCGCUCAUCAAACAGUCCUGUGGCCACUCGCAAGGGUUGGUUUACUGCUGAUUCUAAGGACCUGCAAGCCGAGGGCUCUCGCUUUCAUGAGUUUGCCAGUGACGAGGUUCAAGAUGAUGACUGGAUCAGACAAGAUGAGACGACUUCAAGGCGUAAGCUGACGAUUGACGACAUUUUGGUCAAGGAGUUGGCAAUUCGCAAGCUGGGCAAGGAGGCUGAGGAGGAGGCCGAACAGGAGGAGGCGGAGGACGAUGCCAACGAUGAUGAAGCCGCAGAUGACUUGGAAGACGAGGAUGCCGAUGACGAUGAAGAGGACGAGGAUGAGGAAGAUUUGGAUCUUGACGACGAAGAGUCUGCAUAUGGCUCAGAGCCCGAAUCCGAAGGUUACCGUACCGAUGAAGAAGUCGGGUUUGCCGAUUCGGACGACGAAGACGAUGAGUUGGUUCUGUGGUGGCCCGGUACUUCCAGUGGCUCCAAGACCGCCAUCGCUUCGCUCUCGCGUCGGAUGUCGAUUGGCCAAUCCCUUGGUAACAUGUCAGACUCAUCAGCCUUCUCCCCCGGGUGCACUCUGCAGAACCGUAUCAGGAUCCCUCGCUCUUCUCCACGCACCACCCGACGGCCUGGUACUCCUGAGCUUCCCGACAGCACCGACUUUGUUUGCGGUACUCUUGACGAGGACCGGCCUCUUGAGGACGAGUACAUGUCAUGCAUAGCAGCCAAGAGGCAAGAGAAGCUCAGACUUAUUCCUCAGGAUUUCGACCCUAGCUUUCCGACAUCAGACCCCGAGGAUGACGAUGACGACGAGGCUUUCAAGCCACUCCACCGCAUCAGUGAUGAACAUGUGUGGCUUCAUGGCGAGCUGGAGGAUCUGGACCACGAGGGCGACGAACGCCACGACCGUUCCAAGAAGAAGGUCACCUCUCCCAGGCGGAUGCAUUCUCCUCCUCCCAGGGCCCGCGGCAGGUCUCCGCCGCCUCGUCGUCUCUUCGAUAGGCAAUCGCCUCCCCGCCGCAUGCGAUCCCCACCGCCACCCAUGGCGAGUGCAUCGCCUCAAGGCUCGCCCAUUGGAGGACAAGGACUCGUUUUCAAGUCACUUGCUUUCCGCCCUGGGUUGACUCAUACCAAGUCCCUUCCUCGGGCUCCUGCUAUUUUUACCCACCUCAAAACUCAACAUCAGCACGCUCAGCAGCGCAAGAAGUCAACCACUUCGCACAAGGAUAAGCGUCAUGUUCGUGGUGCCAUUGACAUUGUCAAGGGCCUCGAGCAGCGCCGUCAGCGUCGUCGGGAAAAGCUUUCGCGCCAGCAGUGCAAUCGCGCCAGGAAGGGUCUCGCCCAAGAGAAACGUCCCGCUCCUGGCAAAGGCGCCGAGCGCAUGCGGGAGCUUGGACUGCUUAUGGCAGGCAAGAUCGGCCCGGGCAAUUAUGUCCUGUCCGUUUAA